AUGGAUGCGGUCGGUCAGAACGAGACAUUAGACAGGAGGAGCUACAACAGGCUGCAGCACUGUGAAGCUCCGAAUGAACUGCCGCUGCACCGAUGGACACACAUCAAGCUCAAGGCGAGUGGGGUUGAUAACUCCAAGGGCAAGAUGGACCACUCGGACGGCGGUAUGGUCAUGUUCAUCAACGGGACGAAAGUCUGUGAAGUUCCGGGGACAGAGUACCACACUCUGCCACGCCGGGAAGAUGCACAUCUUUUCCUUGGAUCCUUACAAAGUCCACCCAUGAGGGUCCCAGAUGUGCAUCUUCCAGCUAAUUUCGAUAUUCGGUUUGUCACCUAUGGCAAGCCUGCAUCAAAUUUAUUUGUGGGAUUGGCAAACAGUGCCCAAGGCAUCUUGUCGAUGGUGCUAAUGUACCCGAUUGGUUGGAUCGGCGAUAAGACAAAUCGUUACUUCCUGCUGCGCGGCAACCUGCUUGUGGCUGUUCUUUCAGGAGUUGCAAUGGUCAUGGCCGUGUACACCUCGAGCAUUGCUCUGCUGUUCACAGGGAUUUGCAUCUUCAGUUGGUACCAGCAGACGAUUUCCUCUACCAUUUAUGCUUGCUUAGCUGACAAUGUCAUCUCCGCUCGGCGAACCAGAGCUGGGGUGAACUACAAAACCUUCUCCGCUCUUGCCAUGGCUCUGGGACCAGCCAUACAGCUUCUGGUGGUCUGCUUCGGACCUGCCCAGGAUAGCUGGACGACCGACAUCUUCGAGUUGCUUCUUCUUCCAGGUUGGCUGAUACUCCCAUUGAUUGGAGUUUCAAUUACCUUCAUGGUGCCUGUCGGGAAGGAGUUGAGUAGCAUCCCGAACACGGACGAGAUGUCUCACCCUCGCUCGCAAGAAGCGCGCAAGAGGAUAAGCGAGGCAUGGCUGGAGCAGCGAGUCCUGGGAUCCUGGAAGAGGCGCUUCGUCGUCGCACUGUCAGUGAACAUCUUUUUCAUCGCAACCUUGCUAGCAAAUGGUAUGACAGUGCGCUACUUUUCGCUGUACUUCACCCAGGUUCUCAGGUUCACGCCGGCCCAGCUCUGCAUUCUGAAUGCCGUUUGCAGACUCUUCAUUGCAGCCUUUGCCCAGCUUGGCAAGCCGCUUUCAGUCUGGCUGGGCCGGUGCAACCUGGCUCUACUCCUCCACAUAGGAUCCGCCGUUGCAACUCUUGGCAUCUACGGUGGAGGCCUGUUUAACCCUUCCGUGCUAGUGGCUUGCGCAUGCUACUUGCUGCGCUUUGCAUGUCUACAUGCAAGGGAUCCAGUCCUGUAUUCAAUCACCAUGGACUGCGUUCCUGUGAGUCAGCGAAGUCGAUGGGCUGCCUUGAAUUCGCUGCGUACACUCUCCUUCAGCGCUUCAGCCGUGCUGGGCGGAUUUCUGGCUGUGGUGCCCUCAGAGGGUGACUGCUAUGCAUGCAGUUGCUACAUGCCCUGCACGCAGUCCUGA